AGGAACACAUCCCCAUCGCACGACGUGGAGAAGUGAUCGAUGCCGCUGAGCCCGCGGUCGCCAAUCUUCAAGUUCCACAGGCCCACCGGGAACACCACUGCGUCAGGCGUCUACGUUAGCCCAUAUUUAUCGUGUAAAGACUGCAAUGCGCUCAACUUCAUCAACGCUACGCCCAUCGGGAUGGGAUUUGACUUGGUGGCGAAGGGGAAGCCACCUGUCGCUUCUGGCAAGUAUAUUCUCGAUAUUCGCCAGAGGUUGGCAAGUCUACGACGAGAAGUUCUUCCCGUGUGUGUCGGGUGUGGUCGAACGAUCCAUCUCGCUGUUGGUGUUCGCGACUUCACGCCUCAGCUGGCGGAAGAGGCUGCGGCGUUCCAACGGUCUGGCGACACGCGGUACCACGCCGCUGUGCAGCUUCAGUGUGCGGGGCGGCGCUGGUUGGCACGGAGCGAAGCCCAUCGCCGCCGUGUGGAGAAAGCAAAACGAGAUGCAGUCGAGCGAAGGGCAGCCGUCACUGUUCAGCGCCGAAUGCGAGGAGUCAUCUCGCGGCAGACGACACGAAUUCAAUCGGGCAUUUGCAUCAUUCAAUGGGCGCAUCCGAUGAUGAAAUCGAUCGUGCUGGACGAAAGCAAAUGGGACUCGUCCCGACCUCCGCUCUUUUGGUUCGAAGGUGACGACCUCACGUUGAUUUGUACCGAUUAUCGCAACUACCUCGAUCGAUGCGGCCCCCUCAUGACACUUCGUCGAUUUGAAUCGAACGUAGUCCAGUUUGUCCACCGCAUCAACGAAAUGGAGCGGAAGAUGGCGACGCGGAUUCAAGCGCAGUGGAGAGGUCUCAAAGCUCGGCGUGAAGUUGCGACUCUCAAAAGUGCGAUGGCUGUCCUCGAAGAAGUCAGGUUCAAGGCUGCCGUACUCAUACAACGCACGGUGCGGAGGUACGCUGGAGGCAAACACACUCGCCGCCACAGCUUCCAGCGCCGCCAGGAGAAGAUUCGGCAACGAGCCAAGCUGGACAACCUCAAGCGACGUCGCGCGAAUGGGUUACGACGGGACGUCGAUCAAGUUAACGCCAUGUACCAAACUUACCGCCGAAACGCCGACCGUGUGGCUGCUUGGGUGGUAAAGUCCAAUCUCUGCCGUCGAAGGGUACCCUUGUCAGCGAAGUCACAAAUAUGCUCAGGUCCCAAGCAAUGCUGCAUGCAAUCCCAUCGAUGCACAGAGAAAAACGCAGGCAUUUGCAGCGUUCGCGAGCGCGUAUGGAUCGUCGGCAUCCCGUGCGACACUGCGGCAUCGGACAAAACACAAGGAGGCAUUACGACAAAUUCACGCAUUCGUCUCCAAGAGCUGCAUCGGUCUUUCAUAGAGUCCCCCACAACCGCCACCAGCGACUCUGUCACACGCCCACAUCCACGCGGCGGUGGCGCAGCCUUCUCCUCCUCGAAUCUUGUGCCGUCGUUCCACCGCGGCGCUUGCGUCAUGCUCAGUAGAAGCAGAAUGCAUGUCCCUCUGUAGAGUGCAUGCGCCUUGGGGGUGCCAGGGUGUUGGUGUAAUUGCACAAGUUUUCAAAUCACUAUGGAAUAAUGUAUUGAAGCCACCUAUUUUUAAUA